AUGUUUUCGUGGGUACAACUUUCCCUCAUUGGAUUGGCUCUCGUCAGCUCAGCUAUUGCUGCUGAUGAAUGUCAACCAUCGACAUGGCGUGCCAGAGUCAUGGAGACAGGCGGUAUCAACUGUCGAUUCAGCACCAAGACUGGAUCUAAAAUUGACUCGGAAACCUGUGCCACGAUAGCCAAGGAAUAUGAAAUCACCGUCGAUACCUUUUAUGAGCUAAACCCUAGACUCAAGGGUGACUGCAAGAACAUCCUGCCUAACAUUAGAUAUUGCGUGGAAGGAUUCCCAGAACCUAUUCGCGCUUAUAAUGGUCUUUGCGGACCUCCUCACUCCAACGCGACAUGCGUGGGCACUGACAAGCAGUGCUGUAACAAGAACACUUGGAUGUGUGGAGAUACUGAGGAUGAUUGCCAUGUAAACUGCUACGAAGGAAACUGCUAUUAA